AUGACGAGAGUUGAGAAGCGUACACCUCCUGAGCAAAUUAUCUUUGAUAAAGGAAAGGCUCCGACAACUAUGGAAAGUGGAUCUUCAAUUGCUGCAUCGACUAUUGAUCCGUUGAGUUUGGGGAUUUCAAGAGGGAAAAAAUUGACAACAAACUACCUAGCAUCAGUGUUAAAUGGGUCCAAAUUGGUUCAAUUACAAGCAAGUGAUGUGGAUAUGGAGACUGGAAGAUGGAAAAAAGCUCUUAUACUCUAUGUUGUUGGUGCUUCUCCAACGAUUGGGUCCUUGGAGAGGUUGAUAGCAAAGCAAUGGAACUUUGCAGCCAAGCUAAAGUUGUACUAUCAUAAUGAGGGCUAUUUUGUUGUGUUGUUCAAUUCGUUGGAAGAUCGAGAGGCAGUUCUGCUACCAGGACCCUAUAUGCUUAACAAUAAACCAAUAAUCUUAAAGGUAUGGUCAGAGAAGUUUGAUUUCAGUGCUGAGGUUUCAACUACGCUCCCUAUAUGGGUUAAGUUCUCCAAUUUGUUGUUGAAUUGUUGGAGUCAAGGAGCCUUGAGUAGGAUUAGUAGUGCAAUAGGUAAUCAUUUGUUUGCCGACGAUUGUACAACAAGGGUGGAAAGAAUUUCCUAUGCGGGUGUGCUUAUAGAGAUGAAUGUCACUUGGGUAAUUCCUAGGGUAUUAUCCGUGCAGGACCCAAGUGGUAGAAUUUUUUAG